CAGUUUGAAUCGUGCUUUACUCGGAAAAGCAAUUACUCGUCUGCGGUGUAACGAGCGUGAUUUGUGGCUUGCUACAAGCUUUCCCGGCAUUUCCUCUGAUUCGUCUUAACACCCUAUCAAAGUUUAUUGCAAGCCACCCACCCCAAUCAUUUACCGUGCAAACGGCACACUUUCCAUAUUGUUCACUUGCAAGGAGGACUUUUCUCACGGAAGGGAAAUUUCGUUAUUCAAAUUCGAAUCUAUCGGAACCUUCUGCGACUGCUUGUCCACUUGCAGGAAUUUCACUGGCUUCACGGUAGCAAAGCGGGGGCAGCUACUUCUUCGGUGUUUCCUGACUGUUGAACGCACCUACCUGUUGCUAUAAAAGUGGAAAACUGUUGAUCGACGCGUUCACUCCUAUCGCGAGAUUCCUUCGAAAGCGUUACGAAUUCGUUAAAUAUUGUUCGGAAAGAACCGUUUCGGAAAGUAUCCUGUGUGGACAUUUCAGAAAGAUAAAAGAUUGUGAAAGUUUACAAGUUGUGAAUAAACUGUUAAUAUAAAAAGAGACAGAAGUGCGUAACCAAGUUGAACAGUUGCAGCUACCUCUAAGGUUCUCAGCUUAAGUUUCAUUAACAGAUAUUUGAGCCCACACAAGGAAACCACAUCGAUAUCAUAUAUGGCACCACAGACAUCACAGAUUUUUAUCUUACUCCUUAUAACAUUGAUGGGUCAUAGUGCUAUGGCCCGUUCAGUCUACGUCCCACUGAUUUCCAGGCAGGAGCUUCCCUAUCUUUUAGGAGAGGUUGACAAUUCCGAUGAAUUAUAUCAAGAUACCAAAAAAGUGUCAGACGGAGAGAUCGAUGCACAGGCCAGAUGGUUAUGGUUGAAGGACUUACUUCUAUCCGAUUACGAUGAAAACAGUCGAAGAAAUUCCAUUUUUGGAAGUGAAACCAAACCAACUAUACCUCCAUUGCCUCAGGGCGGCAUGGCACGGAGGAAUGGUUCCAGUGGACAUAAACAGAAGAAGAGUAAUUCAGCAUGGGGCGAAUAUAUGACACCCUGUCACUUCAAAAUCUGCAAUUUCGGCCGAAAGCGGAAUGUAUUCAAUCUAUAAAUAACGAUUCUAAAGAUUGGAAGUCAUGAAACCCGGAAUUAUAUAAACUGUCAAGAAAAUUAUAUCGAACUAUGUCUACGAAUUGGAAAAUUGCAAUUGACUUUUCCGUAUUGCUUAUCACCACCUUUCCCAGCAAAAUUUUAAGAAAAAAAAAACCUAAAAAACAUUAAUAUGUAGUUUAAUCCUGAAACAAUACAAAAUAAAGCAGCAAAUUCCAUCGUA